UGGUUGAGUUCUGGUAGAAUUGCACCAGAUUCUGCCAGAAUCACAGCAGAAUUGAGCAGAAUCUGCCAGUUCGUAGAGAGCAUCUCACUGUGAAAGAGAAUAUAGUUGAUUCUGGUUGAGUUCUGGUAGAAUUGCACCAGAUUCUGCCAGAAUCACAGCAGAAUUGAGCAGAAUCUGCCAGUUCGUAGAGAGCAUCUCACUGUGAAAGAGAAUAUAGUUGAUUCUGGUUGAGUUCUGGUGGAAUUGCACCAGAUUCUGCCAGAAUUAUAGUAACAAAACCACAGCAGAAGUUCUUCAUCUCCUUUACGCUUCGAGGUCUAACUCAGAGAGAUUCUGCGUUUUUCACGUUUUUUCUUUUGAUCUUAAUUAAUGAGUGCCCUAAUUUUUGACUUGGAUCAGGUUUAGUUCUUAAAUGAUUAUGACUUUCUACCAUAUCCUGAGUGAUUUUCCGGACUGUUCCAGCUUGUUUAUCCAAUUCGACCGUCAAAUCAGGCGGAAAUAUCAUUAUCUUUUCACAUAACCUAGAAGCUUGAGUUGAACAUAAAAGUAUCGCUUGGCUCUUUAGUAUUUACUCUGCAAAUAAGACGUUUCCAAACGGCAAUCAUCUUAAACGCGGAAAUCCUGACUGAUUUCAGACGCAAACUUUCUAUUUUCAACGCACUGUUUUCUGCUGAAUCAACAAAUUAUCAAUUUACAACAACUAAUGAUUCACUAAAUCAAAAUUUCUAUCCUACCAUACUUAACCCUAAUGGUGAAAAUGCUCAUUUUCAGUGUUCCUGUAAAAUUGCUCCAGUUUUAUGUAACCAAGCUAGCAGUAUUAUUGCUUUUACAAAUUUCAAUCAAAAAGUUGUUUUCACCGUGCCGGGUUUUCGGCUAGGUUGUUACUACGUUGAAUGAAUAUUUCAAUCAACAUUCGAAUGCUCCUACAGCCCAUACAGCAAUGACAUACACUGUAUCAAAAACUCAAUUCAAUGUAACAACGAGCAUUCAGAAGAUUGUUGAACAGUUAAUGACUGAAGAAUGGAAUGAUCACGCUGAAUUUGGAGACUACUAUUCGCAGUGUAAUCCAGAUAAAUGUGUCUAUACUUACAAUAAACAAGGUGACAUUGGUUAUAUGGUGACAACGAUUAUUGGGCUCAUUGGUGGCUUGACAACUGUAUUAAAAAUUUUAAUUCCACCCGGUGUAGUAUUUUUGAAACGAAAAAAACGUCCUGCUGCUGAUGACGGUGAGUAUCUCUUUAGGAUACAAAACCACUGA